AUGUCUAUCCUUUUGAGCCUACCGCGAGAGUUGCGAGAGGAGAUUCUUCACUACCUCACGCUGCCAGGGAUGGUGUACACGUCUAAUGCCGAAACCUACUCGCAACUACCCGCUUCCAGAAAGCCUGGAAGAGCCUACAUCGAUUCAAGAAUCUACAUGCCAUGUCACCCACCAGCAAAUCUUUUGGCUACGUGCAGACAACUGCGUCAGGAGUGUCUGGAGCAUCGUUUCCAUCUGCUCAACUCUCCUAGAGCAGUCGAGGUCGAAGAGACCAGCACUGAGAUGGACAGCAACACAGCGAUCUUCAAGAAGCCGGGCACAGACUUGGAUGAAGCGGCCGAACGAGCUGGAGACGAUGGUGUGACUCCUCGUCUUACCCUGGAGGUUCAGAGGGCGCAGCGUAAUCCGUUUGGCUUCUCCAUACCUGUCCGUGAAGAAUUCUCGCCUCGGUUGUUAGCAUUGCUACCCCUUAUGCGGACAGUGCGAAAGCUGAGGUUGGUUGUUUGGCCGGGCUUCGACUGGUGGAACGGCCCGCCCCAAGUAUCGCCGCUCGAACAGUGGAGACAGCGAAGGGCCCUUCUCAAGCGUGUCGCCCACCAAGUCGGUCAUACUGCGUCGCCGAGCGAGGCUGAACCAGCCAACACGAACGAUCCUGCUGCAAUAAAAUUAGAUGCCGUAUCUGUCGCUGUCGGCAAGAUCUUAGAUCAGCUACCAGCAGUCGAAGAACUGGACCUCGGUAUCUUCAUUGUAACGGGUGAUUUGUUCAGAUGGGAUUUGCCAGACGUCAAGUGGGAGAAGAUCCAGCCCUGGCUUGAUGGUCCCAUCACCAGAAGCGGAGGGCUGCGGCUUUGCAAGGUCUCGAGGACGUUGACAAGCGUAUGGCAGAAGCCCGAGGGCAACAAAGUAAGCCAACAACCGUUUUACGUACAGAAGGAGACACGCAGCGACAUUCUGAACAACAAAUGGCAUAUUGAGAGACACGGUGGCUGGCGCGCUGCUGCGCUCGAGCUGCCAGAGACUAUCGUCGACGAAACGUUUGAGCGAGUGGAUUCAUAG